AUGUUGGUAGGCGAAAUUUCAGAUGCUGCAGCACCAUUAGUAAAGAGUAAGAAGUUGCACAAAGAAAGAGAGGUACUCAAUGCCCUCCAGCCUCAUCCAAACUUAAAGAAACUAAAGAUAGAGUACUAUAGUGGCAACAGUUUCCCAAAUUGGAUGGGAGAUGAUCGCUGUUUGUCUAAUUUAGUAAGCCUGACCAUUACAUGGUGUUCUAAUUGCACCUUCUUGCCGUCGUUGGGACAGCUGCCUUCUCUUAAAGAUCUCUUUUCAUUAGUUGUUGUGGUGGGGUGUUUGGAUAAGCUGGAAGAGUGGUCAUUUAUCGAAGGUGGGGUAUUUCCUCGCCUUAAGAAACUGAGGAUUGAAAGCUGUCAUUAUCUCCGAUGCUUGCCGAAAGAACUACCCGCUUCUCUUUCUGAUCUAUGCAUCCGUACUUGUCCAUUAUUGCUCACAUUCCAAAUAUCACUGUCGAUGGCGAGAAUAUAUAGAAUGGAAGAAGUCAGUUACCACCAAAUAAAACGUGAGUUGGAAGAGACACUGGGGAAAUUGAAACUUCUUCUAGACAACAAAGAUCUUGGUUUGGACCGUGUGAAAAAUUAUAAGAAGCCAGAGAGGAUUGUUGGCUUACUUGGCACUCGUAUAUGUAUAAGGAGGCGAGAUGGGGCAAGAAGUGUAUUUCCUCCCCGUGAGGGUACCUUUUCCAAGGCUUUAUGUAUGCGCACUGCGCAGUGGCGGACCCAGAAUUUAAAGUGA